AUGUCCGGUAAGUCAUUUCUACUAUUGCCAAGGAGACGUGCAUUGUUUUGUACCAACACAAAGCUAGCUUCCAACUACAUCAUCACCUUCAAGAGGGAUACACCUGACAGCGUGCUUCAAGAAAAGGCCGAGACUAUUGAAGCUAGUGGUGCCAAAAUCACCCAUCGCUAUAACGCAGCCAUCAAGGGAUUCGCUGUUCAAGUGCCCGAUACUAGCGUCAACGCAAUGAGUGCUUUCAGCGACGACCCACAUUUAGAAAACUUUGAAGCUGAUGGAGAAGUUACCACCCAAGGUCAAGCCUUGUUGAAGUAA